UCUUUCAUUUACCUUUAUACCUAGCUCCUUCAACAAGUAUCAAAUUAAUAAUGAAGGAGUACUGUGGGAAGAAUAGCAGCUCACCAUGUGCAGGUUGCAAGCUGUUGAGAAGAAGAUGUGGUGAAGAUUGUGUUUUUGCACCUUAUUUCCCAGCUGAUGAACCCCACAAGUUUGCCAAUGUUCAUAAGGUCUUUGGUGCUAGUAAUGUCAGCAAGAUGUUACAGGAAUUGCCAGAGCACAAGAGAGGAGAUGCAGUGAGUAGCAUGGUAUAUGAAGCAAAUGCUAGAGUUAGAGAUCCAGUGUAUGGAUGUGUUGGAGCCAUUUCGUCUCUUCAACAACAGAUUGAUAUGCUUCGGACCCAACUAGCUAUGGCCCAAGCUGAGGUAGUCCAUUUGAGGCUAAGACAAUCUGCAGGCAUUACUAAUAGCCCAAUAAACAGUGGGUCUCCCUCUUCCCACAUAAUGGGCUCUCACCAGCCCAAAGGAUAUUUCCAUAUGGAUUUGGAUGUAGACCAGUCCAACAACGGCUUCAAUGAGCCCAUGUGGCCUNUCUUCCCACAUAAUGGGCUCUCACCAGCCCAAAGGAUAUUUCCAUAUGGAUUUGGAUGUAGACCAGUCCAACAACAGCUUCAAUGA